AUGGGCAAUGGUUGUGAGGAGGGUUGGCUCACACAGGUAGUAAGGAUCUUACAGUUGGCAAACCUGGCAUUGACAGUGGAGGAAGCAAUUGUACAAGCAAUGAGCCUCAUCAGCAUUAGCAGUCAAGCUCCAAAAGGGGAGGCAGAGAAGAUUCCCAAGGACAUUUUGAGUGCCAUUGCACACAUCAAGAAGCUCAGUGAUAACAACUGGCAUACCUGGGAGCCUACCUUUAUCAACUGUCUGCAACAGGUACACAAUGCGAAGGAAAUCUUAUACAGCAAAAUAGCACCUGGAAGCAAGGGAUACAAUGAGGACCUGGACAAGGCACUGGUAGGCCUCAUCCACACUUGCUGUGAUCACAGUCUGGAAAGCUGCAUUGACACAUACACUGUCAGGGGUGUGGAUGAGGAGGUCCAACUUGGAAGUACACUUUACACUAAGCUUAGGAAGGCACUAACAUUGAACAACACGGUGAAGCGAGCGGGCCUGCAGGACUGCAUCCACACCAUACGACUGUACAAUCAGGAUGUUGUCAGACUAGGCAAGGAACUUGACUCCAUUUGGAAUGAUGCAGCACACCUAGGGAAAUGUUUUGACAAAGAUCUCAAGAAGUCCACCCUUUACCGCUGUACAGCUCAGGAUUGGUUCUAUGCUAACUCUGUUGAUGCACUCAAGAUGGCCAAACCAGACUUGAUUGAUGGGGAAGAACGAUCAGCAUGCAACACCUGGAUUGUCGAUUCAGGUGCAACCCAUCAUAUGGUAAAUGAUGAGAGGAUGCUGCUCACCUUGACGAGCAAGGAUGGUCAGAUCAGUACAGCAGGGGAUGAAAAGCUUCAGAAUGAUGGUACCCAAGUGCAAUUCAGGAGGAACAGGAGACAAGGCCACUUCGAAGUGCAAGGACAAGCACUAGCCUUGGAGCUGGAGAAGACUCUCAGCAAUGUCCCAGAGGACGAUGAGAACACAGGAAGACACAAUGACAUCCCAGAGGAUGGUAAGAACACAGGAAACCGAGACAACAACUUGAAGGAAGACAAAGAUAGCUACCUCUGGCAUGAGAGGUUCGGACACCCAGGACAAGAUAAGACAAGGCAAAUCUGGGCGCACUACCUUGGCACUGAUGAGAGAAUGGAGCAUGAAUCAAAGCACUGCAAUGCAUGCAGUCAAGGGAAACAGAACCAAGUGCAGAUGAGCCAAUCAGAGUCAAAGAGAGUGGAGGCGCCACUAGAUUGCUGUGGACAACUUCUCCUCCCUGAUCUACAUGGAACCACUCUGCACUAA